GAACAACAUCCUGAUGCUGUCUGGGUGUGGAAAGCAGAACUCCAGCAUCAGUGAUUUUGUUGCCAGGGGGAGGACUAUACCAGCGGGAACUUCUUAAUAAAUGUGGCUGAUUGGAAGUUACAUGAGACAGUGAUGAUGAUAAAUAACAUUACAGUACAACAGCAAUAGCAGCAGAAGUAAAGGAUCAUGAACAAUAGAAGUAGGGAUGGUAGUAAUAUAUAUUGAAAUAGUAAUGAUAAAGUAUGAGUAAUAUUUCCUUAUCUAUUAGUAAAAGUUGUAAUAGCUGCAUCAUUGGUAGCAACAGUCGUAGUUAAAUGUGUACAUAGCAGCAUUUCAUUAUGGUGUUGGAGCUCUGCUGCAGUUCUCUCAUUUGCCCCAGUACUGGCUGCAGCUGCUUGCUAUUCUGCUUGCAACCCCUAGAGGGAGUUAUUGUUCACUGUGAGACCAUGCACCAAAAUCAUGGACUGAGAGGCUUCCCAAACAUUUCGCCCAAAAGUACAAUGGAAGUCACACGCAGAAGGUUCAAGGAUUCACUUUUUCAAACAUCACCUGCACAUACAGCUUGACAGAGUCUGUUUUUACCAGACAACAAAUAUGGGGAGAUGGAGAUCAGUGGUUCCCAAAGUGGAACGGCUUGGUCCACCAAGGGCCGUGAAGGACGUCACCCUUAGUAAGUUCAAGUUUAUUGUCACACGUACAAGUACAGUGAAAUGCCAUUGUGCCGACUCACUCAUCCUUUGUGUACAUAAAUAACUUGUUCAGUAAAAUUAGAUUUCUCUUUUGGCCACAGGUGAAGAUGCCAUAGAUGGUCGUUAGACUUGGCCGGGUGACUCCAACAACCGUAACAACAGGAGAACUAACGAAACAGCUGUAUCAAUAAUCUUGAAAAACAUCGGAAAAAUAGCUGAAUUGAUCUACCAGUCAGUCGGAACUGAAGAAGUCUGUCGGAUGAUGGACGAAACGUCUUUAAGUGUCUUCAACCAAGUCCAGUUCGUAUUGACCUUAACCUUCCUUGGACAACUUUGACCUGGAUGACUGAGAACCUUCACAGACAUUAAUGGUUAAUGCACAUAACAUAUUACAACCAAAUUAUUAUUAUUAUUAUCAAAACCAAACUGUGUAUAAAAGCUCCCUAAAAGACAAAUACAACAUUGCUGAUUGUGAGUCCACAACCUUGACACCAAAAGAAGUGUUUAAUAUGUGAAGUGCAUAACAGCUGCCAAUCUUACUGUUUUAACCACACAGGUAUGUGUAUGUAUGUUACUGUAACAUCCGCUCUGCUGUGAAUCAUUCAGGCAGUUGUGUUACAUUAAAACAGAUAAGUUAUUGAUCCCCAUCUUCCACUGUGCUGCUGCCGAAAGGCUGGCAGCCUCCAGGAAGUGUACUGUAAAUAUGAGCUCUUUGUCCUUUAUUUGUCCUCACCUCCUUUCUCACCUCCUCUGAUCUACUCCCCUUAUUUCAUUUCCCCCCAUCCUUCAUUCACUCGCUAUCCCGUCUGAUUCCCCCUCCUCCCUCCUGUCUUUUUCUGUGCAUCUCUCUAUCUCCUCUCUCUGUCCAUACGUUUAGCUUGUCUCUUUUGGUGCCCUCAAUGAGGUUUCUGUCGCGCAUUAAUAGCCGGGGGAAUGAGUGGGGCUCGCAGGAUGCAAGGUAGGAAAAAUGUGCUGGUGUCACGCAUGGCAGAUGCAGAGAGAUUAAGUGUGUUGCAAUGCAUUCUGCAGCGUCAUGAUGCAGCAAGAUUUUCAGCAAUGCAUAUCAGUUGAUAACCAUGUUUGCUUUCUUUCUUUUUACAGAGUUAAAAUACUUCAGGGAUGGAGCUAUGUUGGUGAUUUCAUUGGAUGGUUUGAAUUGGCUUUCUAAAAGGAGCUGCAGUGACAAAGGAAUCAAGAAACGGGAUGAAGAGUUCCAGAUGUUGAUGUCCUCAGGUCAGAUGACUCAGGCUGAUGAGGAGCUGCAGCCAAUCACCUGCGUCUGUAUCCUUGAUCAAAAAGGAAAUGCAGCCCCUAAGUUAUGGAGGACCAGUGACUGCAGAUCAAGCUUGGUAACAUGGGCCCCACGCUUCUCUAUCCCCCCUCGACAUUACUGUCUUCCGGAGGGGCCCAUGCAUCAUUCAGCAUUCACUUCUUUAGCUUCUUUUGUCCCACAGUGCUCAAAGAUGGCCCCAUGGACGAGACUUAUUUUAAAUAUGCAGGACGUUUUCAGUUUGUUCAAAAAUAAUUUAAACAUUGUGACCCCGCAGGACACUGUCACAACGGAUCGGCAUAAUAGCUUUAUCAUCUUCUGUGAUGACGACGUACCGCCUCAACUUUUUGGUGACACUUGCCACGCUGUGGAUUGUAGGACGUCUGUAGGGGAUAUUGGUUGGCAUAUCAGUGAUAACAAUGUGCUAAGUGAUUUGAAAAACUUCACUGCCCACUGGCCCCACGAUCCCAACACCAACUCUAAAGGGAUUCAACAUGAGCUUGUUAGCAGACACAAUUUGAACACAUGCAACCUUAAAAGUCUUCUGAAAUCCUGUCAAAUCUACAAUGCUCCAGGCGUAUUGUCUGGGAGGGACAAGAAUGUAAAAAAGAGGAAGACUGUGUGCUUUAAUGAUGAUGUCACGCUCUACCUGUUCGAUCAGGAGAGUCCCACCCUCGAGCUGCACCCUGGGCCCCACACAUCUCUGUCAAGCAACUAUUCCUGCAACCUGCCAGAGGUCACAUUAGAAGACAGUGGAUUGGAGUGGGAAGACGACUUCUCAGCUUUGGAGAAGAACUGCCAUUUUCAGUGUGUCAGACACUCGGUAUCACAGCACUACACCCUUUCCCUGACAACACAAAGCUGCACUGCUCUGCCCAGGCCAGAGCAUUUCUUUCUGUCCCAAAGGUUCCUCUUCCUCACCCAUGUCACUGAGUCAGACCUUGAGCUGUGAGAUUAGAGAGGGUUAGUGACACACACAUACACACAUAUUGAGUUGUAGGUGCUGAUUUCUAUGGUGGUAGCCUUUCUAUCAAAUCGUCUGCCUUCAGCCAAAGGCCAUCUCAUUGUCACCAUGGCCUAAUGUGACAUCCACACUUGUUUUUCUUUCAGCCAGACAGCCUUUGGCCUAAUGGAAAAACUGACUAAUCGUCCAGAUCUCGUCCUCCUCACCUCUAACUCAUCUCCCUCCUGUUUUAUGAUGAGUCAGGGAUUUUAAUGGCUUUUUUCCCCUCUCUGCUCCAAAUAGAUUCGAAGCACCUGGCGUUUGUGACAUCACAGCCACGCAGCACUGAGUGACAGUGCAUUCAGCUUUCACAGUUGUUGGUAUGACACGGUCACUGGCUGGCUAAGCUCCUUUUUUUGUGCCAGGUUGUGUCCUUUGACCUCAGCUGUGAAACGGGAACAUAAGUGUUGUUAAUUCCAAUAAAUUUCAUUUAAUAAAUUGUCAUCUGUGUCUGAAAUCCCAGGUUAAUCUUGUAAAACAAGGAGUAUUAUGUUGUUUAUGUAGUUUGUUUUGCACAAACAGAACAUGCUUGUAGAGGCCCUGUUUGCUUGCCUCAUUACUGAAGUGUAUUCAGCUCAGAAUUUAUCAGCGGCUGCGACUAAAUAAACAGUGUAAGCCUUAGGGCCAAUGGAGGCAGAAACUGAACAAACUAAAAGUAAUAGAUAAUGUUUCCACAAAGCCAGCAUCAGCGAGGUUUGGUUGAUUAGAUACAGUGUACCUGAGGAGGAAAGGAAACCUGGCAGGACACACACGCGCGCGCAUGCACACACACACACACACACACACACACACACACAAGCUGUUCAAGGACACCAAAAGCUAAAAUUGCUUGCCACUAUAGCUGGGAGCUUCACACCUGUACAUUAUUGUUUAUUAUUAUACAUUCCUGACAUUCAGUGUUAAAGUUGCUAAUAUGUUCUUUGACUUUAUUCAUAAAAUGUGUAUUUUUACCUGUAAGCUGCCACAAAGUUUGUUUUUAUUAUUGCCUGAGCAUUUUUUAAUGUAAAAUAGUUUUUUGCUAUCACAGGUUUUCCUUUAAGCUAACGUACCACGUAGCUUCAAAUUUGUUGCAUUAAAAAGGAAAGCUCUCUAUUCUGGCAGAAACUGAACUAACAAAAAUAUUAAUUUAUAAUUAAAUACAUUUUCCCUCACUGAUGCUACAUUUUCUUGUUAAGCUGAGCUUUCUAGCUGCUAGCUUGCUUGUGGCUUUUCCGGAGUGUCUCAACAUGGCUACACUAAAAGACAUUUAAGGAAGGCCUUUUAGUUUAGUUAUGAAAAUUACAACUUUAGAAUUCAUUGUAAAAGCGAUGUAAACAUUCAUAGGAAGAACAAGCUCUACUGUGUUCCUGUGUUGCCAUUAGCAUUAAAACCUUUGUUGUUUCAAAUACUGUACUUAGAUGCAUUUCUGAAACAUUUAAGAAGAAAUCCUGUUAGUUGGUAUAUAUAUGAUAUAUAACAGAUUAUAAAGCCAGAUUAUCAACACAUAAAAAACAAAAUGAUACAUACAGAGAGCAGAACUAGAAGCCUAAAACAGCUACUUUUUCUGAGUUAGUACUUUAGAGAACUGAACUUAUAAGAAUUCCAUUUAAUCGUGUCUUAAUUGUAAGAAAUUAAUAUAUAAACAGUUGGAUUUUUAAAUAUAUUUCAUAUUCUUUGUAUCUUUUGGUAGUUUAAGAUAUGGAAAACAUAAAAGACUUAGAGAGUUUAGAAAUGUUUCAAGAGACUGUGUGGUGUUUCUGAUUACCAUAAAACAUGCUGUGACACAUGAUUUAACUAUAAUCAGUCAGUUUUACUCACUGUCAUGACACCACCCUAUCUCUACUGACCUAUCUAUCACAGUAGGAAAGGGCAAUAAUGCCAACUGCCAACAGUUGUGUUUGGGCCCUCUGGUCAAAUAGACAAGGUGGAAUUACUGCAGAUCACACAUACGAGUGUUAAAGGGGUGUGAUGGUGAUUAUUCAAAAAGGUUAAUUAUGUUUGUUCUGUCCUUGUUUGUUUGGUAUCUUUGUUUCAGUUUAAAUAGCUUGACAGCAUCCAGUGGUCUAAAUUACGCUGUCACGGAAAACGCAAAAAGGUUAAAACAGUUUGUCUGGUAAAAAGUAAAUAGGCCUAAUGUGACAAAGUUUAAAUGAGACAUUCAAGUGUAGCCUGGAGGACUGUAUUCAAAUGAAGCAGCGGAAGGUGAUAAGCCACAAUGGAAAUUAUGUUAACUGCUUGGAGUUAAAGGAGGACGAGGAACGAAAAUGCAAUGUGUCUGACUCUGGUAACUAUCUUAUUAUACUCCUUACAAGAGGUCAAACUAAUAUAAAUAUAGUUAUAUAUAUGAAAUAUCUAUAUUCAGCUCAGGAACAGUGAAGAAUAAAAUACUAUACUUCACUUGGGACAUGUUGUGGUGGAGCAGUAUGUAGUAGAGUGGCACAAUGGCACAUUUACACUUUGACUGAAAUUUUAUUUUGGACAUGGAAAGACAUUUUUAAUCAUAUUACAGAUAGGGCCAAUGUUGCUCUUUACAUUGUUUAAAUAUUGCAGUGAUACCAGCUAUGCAAUCCACCAUCUAUAUCACUCCCUGACAUUAUUUUUAAUCCCAAACUUGCAUUGUCAUGCAUUGUAUGUUACUUUCCAUUCCACUUCUGUGGAAAGUAUUGUACAUUUUACAUCAGUACAUUUAUUUAAUAGCUGUACAGUUACACAAAACAAUUGAUCAGUUUUUAAAAAACAAUGCAUUGAUACAUAUUAAACUACCAAACAUUAUAUAUUAAGCAGCUCCACCUCAACCAACUACAACAUUAAAGUAGCCGACUGCUUAAAGCAUCAGCAGUAAUGACAAGAAUUGAGCAAUUUCACAUAAUAAGUACUGGGUUAAUAUUUUGUAUAGAUUAUGUUGCAGAUGCUUACUUGUCCUGAUUUUACUUUUUAUAGUGCAGUGUUGCUACUUUUAUUUAAUCUAAAGAAUGAUCUGAAAUGUGGUUCCACGAGACUAUCAAAUAAUAUGGUAAAAUCUUUCAUUAAAUUCCUUUCUUUUCUAAUGCAUGCAGCCAACCAUUUUUGCACAAACCCAGCAAGAACACAGCAGUAAUCCCUAAAACCACACCGUUUUUGUGGUGUUGGUUGUGACAUUGUGCAGCAGCCUGUUGUGCCCUGGAGGGAGUGAGCCUGCUCUAUGAUUGGCUGAGCAGCGCUACGUGUACAUCAGUCAGCUACAGGUAGCGCACAUGUGACAGUUGUCUGCGUGCGUGUGUGUAUCCGCUGCUCUCUGCUCUUUUCACUUUAUGCUUUGAAUGACGGCUGCACCCGGGCGAGUUUUCUGUGGUAAACACUCAGGAGAAGAAAAGUGAGUUUAAUAUCAAAGGCCUGUUGAAGCUGUGAGAUCUACACUGUCAGAGAGAGAGGGGUAAAGAAGGCAGCAGGAUGAAGUCCAAAGGGAAGGCUCUGAAACCAUCCAGGCGGACCUGGUCUGACCCUGAGCCAGAGCUGGAACCGGAUACAGAACCAGAACCCGGCUCCAGUGAGCAGGAAGGCUCAGAGGCCUCGGUCCGUAUCGGUGGCUCCUGGAGGGGGUCGCUGAGGGCCGGGGAUGGCAAGCGUCAAGGAGGAGUGGGUGGAGGCCGACGGCGCAGGCAACGUGGCUCCAGCAACAAGGAACGCAGCAUCCGGCGACUAGAGAGCAACGAGCGGGAACGCCAGCGCAUGCACAAACUCAACAAUGCCUUCCAAGCACUGCGCGAGGCCAUCCCCCACAUCAACACUGACAAGAAGCUGUCCAAGAUUGAGACACUGACCCUUGCAAAGAAUUACAUCAAGUCCUUAACCACCAUCAUCCUGGACAUGUCAGGGGCUUGCCUGCCUGCUGGUGGGGUCCCCUCAGAGGCCAGCGCUGCCAAGCUGCUUCAGUGCUACCAACAGCACCUGGAGGAGGAGGGGGAGGACGAUCUCACACAGUACCUCACCCACGUGCACAGCCUCAGCCAGCGCAGCUAACCGUGGCUGCACGGUGGUUUGGAGACCAGGAGAGCCACCAGGAGGCUGUAUCCAAGGCAGAGGGGGGUGUAGACUUUUUAGGGCUAAAUCUCAAAUGAUAUCCAGUUCUUACAGGCGCACUGCUCUGGGAUCUGUGUCAGAAGGACCGGAUCCAGCUUAUAGUUCUCUGACAGUAAACCCAUUCUUGACCAUAGCAAGAGCUGGGCUCUCUAGAACUUGCCCUUCAUGCAAAAAAUGGAGUGAUUUGAGGACCAUUCACUUAGCAGACAGAAAGACUGCAGACUGGAAAGUGACAACCAGAUGGAUCAUGGUCAUGAAGAGUAAAAAGACUAAUUUGUUAUUGUGCUCAGAAAGGAAGGGCUAAUCUUUCACCAUUAUGUCUCUUAUUUCUCAUCUUCUACAGUUUGAGCCGGAGCAGGAACUUCUGUGUUAUCUUGUGAUCAUCUUCUGUUUUCUGUUGAGAAACCUGCUUAGCGUAGCCGCUAGUCAUAACUGUCACACCCAGAGACCAAAGGCAAGCUGCAGGGCUAAAUGUUGAAAUGUUGAAGCUAUAAGCUGAAGCUAAGUGUGUUUGCUUAUUUGCUCACAAGGACAAUCUACUACCAAUUUGAGAGCACAAUUCACGUUUCUUCAUACAGGUUGUGCACCCAUAGCUGGAAGGCCCAGAUGAAGUUUAAAAGUGUCUGUUAUUUGACUUUUUGUGUCUCCAGGCAGGACAAAAAAAACAGGAGAAGAUAAACUAUUUGAGGAGUUAUUAUCAAUAAACAUUUAUUUAUUGACAA